GUCGGUUCCCGACUUUUCGUUCUGUGCUAACACCGUCGCCGGUUGCCAUUUCUGUCUGAUGACACUACGACAGACGCGACAAACUUCUACAAGAUAAUGCGCAAAUCAAGUCCACACUCGUUCGUUCCUGACACCGCACCCCCACGCUCAUAACGGGCUCCUACAGUCCGGAUCGAGACCCCAGCGCCAGCGCCAGUACUGGGCCCGUCUCUCCUCCGCCGUCGCCGCUGCACGAGAAACACGACUAUAAGGAGUUCAACAGGCAACUUGAUCUACGUCUAAUGGGGCUUCUCUACAGAAUGGAACUCCGUUUCAAUAUGUACGGCGAAGUCGCCGGCUAUCCGCCCGGUUUCACCCCGCCGGGGGUACACCAGAAGCAUCGGAGGGAGACGGAAGCAUGGAUCGAGCAGAUGGAAGCGCCCACUCCAUCGGAUUGCUCCGACGAUGGCGACAUCCUCUCCAUCCUCAACUUCCCGAGAAGCCUGAUUCGUCGGCCGAAGGAGAGGCGCGAUGCCGCCAAGCGUCCGGCUUCCCGUCCCGACCGGACCGGCGUUAGCAUCAAGAAACAGCUGACUGUGGAUACCAAACCACCGCAGGGUCGAAUACGCCAGGCAAUCCUAGCGCAGGGAGCCCAAGUACUGGAACUGGCUAAGAGGCAGCCUAAUAAGGGACAGAGCGAGAAACAACGGGAGAGACAACCCUAUGCUCAAAAGCUGCCAGACCCACAACAAGGUGAAAAGCAGCUAGGUGUGAGUCGGUAACAUGCCACGUUCCGGGCGCGUUCCAGCUUAAGAUACAGAGCCCGGAAAAGGCUCCUUAAGAGCUUUAAGCAAGAGCUAGCGGCCCUGGUUAAAACUCUCGUCCGUUAUCGUCAGUACAUUCAAUUAACUUUUCCUUCUCCCCACCCCCGCCUCCUUCUUAUCGGACACAGCAGAGUGCUUGGCAAGGACCGGGGUAAUAACUCCUAGGCUACAUACCACUAUGGGAACCUUUCCAAUAUACAUAAGCAGUAACCUCCCUGAUCCGUUCCGUU